AAUCUCAACACCGGGUGUUUCUUACCGGAUACCACUGCAUAUGAACAGCUCAGCUGAGUUUUGUAAUGCUCAAACUAUUUGAACAUACUAUUCGUGACACAUCGAGUUGUUCGCUAGCUUUGGAGAGCCGUCAGUUCAGUUGUUACAUCUGAAUUAUGAAUACAGACGCCGUGUUGUUGUUAGAGACGGCGAAUUUCGCCGCUGAAAAGCAUCGAAACCAGCGUCGAAAAGAUCCAGAGAAAACGCCAUAUAUCAACCACCCGAUCGGAGUAGCAAGGAUUCUCAGCCAUGAAGCCGGCAUCACUGAUAUCGUGGUAUUGCAAGCCGCUCUUCUUCAUGAUACUUUAGAGGACACAGACACAAAGGCCAAAGAGUUGGAAACAAAGUUUGGACAGGUUGUUGCUCGCAUUGUUCAGGAGGUGACAGAUGAUAAGAGUCUGCCCAAACAGGAGAGGAAGCGCUUACAGGUGGAACACGCGCCUCACUGCAGCCACCAGGCCAAACUGGUCAAACUGGCGGACAAACUCUACAACCUCAGGGAUUUGAACCGGUGCACGCCUGUCGGCUGGGAGGCUGAGCGAGUCCAGCAAUAUUUUGUGUGGGCCUCUAAUGUUGUAAAAGGCUUGAAAGGUACCAACUCAGCUCUGGAAAAGAAACUGGAAGAGUUGUUCAGACAGAGAGGAGUACAGCUGUAACAUGGUAGAGAUCCAAAGGAAAUCAUAAUUUCCAAUUGUAGAUUUCCCAAUAAAUUUUUUUGUACACUU